AUGCAACCAGCCAUAGCUCAUUUAGGGUUAAGGGCCAGGGCAGCCGUUAAGUCUAUAGAAGAAUCACUUGGAUCCCCUUAUCACGGAUCAAGCUCAAUGACAAUGUCUAUUUAUGACACUGCGUGGGUAGCGAUGGUGAUCAAGACCGAAAAUCAGGGGAACGAGACCGUAUCUCGCUGGGUAUAUCCCCAAUGCUUUCAGCAGUUGCUGAAGAGCCAGACGUCGGAGGGUAGUUUUGGUAAGAAUAGUGUAGAAGUCGAUGGUAUUCUUAAUACCAUGGCAGCGGUUCUAGCACUACAGAAACUUGGAGCGAACCCCAUGGUCUUAGGCGCUAUAACAGUGUCUGACCUGGCAGCUCGAAUUUCUCGCGGAUGUGCAUACUUACAAGAAAAAUUACAAACUUGGGAUGUUUGUUCUACAUGCCACGUGGGAUUCGAGAUACUGGUUCCGACACUCCUUGAUUUGCUUGCUAAGGAGGGUAUGGAUUUCAAAUUUCCCGGGUUUGGGCCUUUGAUGGACAUGAACGCUCGGAAACUGUCUAAAUUCUCGGAGGGGAGUUUAUAUUCGCCACAUCAGACAACACUGCUUCAUUCUUUGGAAGGUUUCAUCGGCAAGAUCAACUUUGAUAGGAUGUCCCAUCACCUUCGCCAUGGAGCGAUGAUGGCUUCCCCAUCGUCGACCGCAGCGUAUCUCAUGAACGCCUCAAAGUGGAGCGAGGACGCGGAGGCUUAUUUACGCUUCGUUGUAGAUGCAAGUAAUGGUGGAGUUCCAUCUGCAUUUCCCAUCACAAUAUUUGAAAUUACUUGGGUUCUUUCAACACUUCUAGAAUCGGAUUUCACCGUACAGGAUCUCGGACCAGAUACUGUUUACUCCAUAACGAAUUUUCUAGAAACUCAACUACAUGAUGGAUCGGAAACCACUGGAUUUGCUCCAGGCAUUCUACCAGAUGCAGAUGAUACGGCGAGGGCAAUAUUGACCCUAAGCCUCUUGAAACGACCAGUGUCGUGCGGGGAUAUGAUCAAGACCUUCGAGUCCCAAACACACUUCAAGACGUAUAGUUACGAAUCCACAGAGUCUUUUAGCGCCAACUGCAAUGUCCUUAACGCCAUCAUUCGAUCCACAAACCCGUCUCUCUAUAUUCCACAGGUUAACAAAUCGCUAAACUUUCUCUGCCAAACAUGGUACGAGGGGAAAGUGUCUGACAAAUGGAAUAUGGAACCCCAAUACUCAAUGAUGCUCUUAGCUGAGGCGUUGACGCAAGUAGUUGAAGUCUGGGACAAAGGCCACAUUGCUGGGCUUUCUACGAAUCUAAUCUCUCAACGUAUCCCACUUAUAACCUUGCAAAUGCUUAUACGUACCGCCGAUGGCCAGUCGUCCAAUGGGUCUUGGAAAGAUUCACCAGAAAUCACUGCGUACGCGGUAUUGACUUUGAAGAAACUUGCCCCUUUGCCAUGGAUUGCUGGAAUCCUCGAUAUAAAGACGCGUGAAAGUAUUGAUCGCGGCGUUAAGUACCUAGAGGCAAACGAAGGGAGAUGGGACACGCCUGAACUCAUCUGGGUGGAAAAAGUUACUUACGGCUCUAAACUCCUAUCAGAGACCUAUUGUCUGGCCGCACUUCGGGCUUCUAGUUCUCGUGACUGGAGCGAGAAAGCUACUGGGCUUUUCCUGGCACCAACGAAUCAAAUUAGUGAUUAUACACACUUCUUUUCCAAACUACCACUAUUUUCCCAAGAGCCGGUUUGGAGACUACAGGCAUCCAUCAUCGAGGGAUAUAUGUUCGCACCUAUACUACGCUCUACACAGUCAGAACUCCAAGUAUUCCCAAGCAAUGGUAAUGGGAGUGCUAAGUAUUUCGAUUAUAUCCCUAUAACAUGGACUCUGUGCAAUAAUGCGACAAAUUUCACCCUAUCGCCCGAGGCUCUCUACGAAAUGAUGAUCAUAGCCAUGCUAAAUUUCCAAGCUGAUAAGUAUCUUGAGGAUAUUUCCGGCAAUGACAAAAUAAUAGGAAAGUUUGAAUCUCUCAGGACCGUUGUUUAUCAGCUAUGCAAAGACGUCCCUGAAGAAACAACAGAUAAUCAAAAUAGCAAUCCCAGGAACCAUGUGGUCAACGGCAGCAAGACACGUAAACUCGGCGCAAGUGAGAGCGACGAGAAGCCGGAGCCUCAAGACUCGAAUAAUUUGUACCCUUUCAAGACUCUACAGGACGCAGAACGGGUACUCUCUCGCUUCACCACAUACAUUCUAAGUCACAGGAAGGUUUCUACUGCUACUAGCGUCCUACAACGCCGGCUUAGGGAGGAAUUAUUGACCUUCAUCCUAGCACAUAUCACCCAUGGCAAGCACAACUCCCAGCUAUCAAUGUCCCACCCGCAAGACAAGAUCCAAAUCUUCACUCAAGCUCAAGCAUCUUACUAUAGUUGGGUACACACUACCUCGGCGGACACCACUAGCUGUCAAUACUCAUUCGAAUUCUUCAGAUGCCUCAUCGCUCCUCCGGGAACCAAUCCGUUCCCUAGCACGCUUGCUGAGUACCUUGCACAAGAUGUUUGCCGUCAUCUCGCCGUUAUGUGUCGCCAAUACAACGACUAUGGCUCCGUCAAACGGGAUCUUGCAGAGAAUAACCUUAAUAGUAUCAAUUUUCCUGAAUUCCACGACGUCUAUUCGAUAUAUGACACCGUAACCCGCGACGAAGAACUAGCUGGGAAGUCCGACAAUGGGGUUACUCAAUCCCAAUCACAACCACAAGAAGCACAUAUCAAGGAGGCUCUGCAGAAGCUAUUCGACAUUGCUACCUACGAACGAGAAUGUCUUGAACAUGCAGUAAACAGGCUUCGGGGGGAGAUAAAGCCGCAAACCCUAAAGACACUGGAGCUUUUCAUCAAGGUCACUGAUCUUCACGGACAGAUUUAUCUAGUGAGGGAUAUCAACAACAAUACCAAAUCCAAAUGA